UUUAUCUUCUCCCCAACAUUUUCUGUCAACCUCCAUCUAUUUUCAAUAAACUUCAUCUUCACCGCCGGUGAUAGUCCCUAGCACAUUCGUCGUCCUAUAUCGGCUGCAUCUUUUCUAUCAGACUAUUUUACCUCCAUCUGUAUUAGGCAAAUACGUCAAACAAAAAUCAACUAUAAAUCCUGUCAUCAAUGGAGAAUGAUCUCAUUUUCAGACCCAACUGGGAGAAUUCAGUGGAUGAGAAUGAUCCCUUUGAGUCAGCACUGAGCUCCAUGGUCUCCUCUCCAACUGCUUCAAACAACAACUAUGCCAAUGGCGAAAACAUUGUUUUGCGAGAGCUAAUUGGGGGAGAUUAGGCAGCAUUUGCAAUUCCAGAGACUUUCUCUCUCUUCCGCCACCAUCAGUUGAAGAAAACUUGGAAUCAAUUCUAGCUCCCCAUACCAAUUCAAAGCUUUCCAAUCAGAUCCAAACUCGCCCUAGAAAGAAAAAAUCCGCUCCCAGAGGAAAGGGGAAACACGCCCCUGCUCCUCAUCUUAGCGCCAAGAGAAGCAUGAUUCGAAGCUUCCAGAACCACCUAAGGACUACAUCCAUGUCCGAGCUAGACGCCCAUAGCCUCGCAGAAAGAGUUCGUUGAGAGAAGAUCAGUGAGAGGAUGAAAAUGUUGCAACAUCUUUUACCUGGUUGCAAUAAGGUGUUUUGGUAAGAUUCAGAGUUUUCGGGAUAAUCAUUUCUCACAAAAAAAGUGGUGCUAUGCUAUGUUUAGGUUACUGGCAAAGCCGUUAUGCUUGAUGAGAUCAUUAAUUAUGUUCAGUCUCUAUAGCACCAAGUUGAGGUAAGAAUUCAACAAUCAAGAAUAUGUUUUUUUUUAUGUGUCUACAGUUUGUUAAUUGUUGAUUUCAGCCUUUUAUUAGCAAUUUUAUUGUGUAGUUCCUUUCGAUGAAACUGGCUACUGUUAAUCCAAGAAUGGAUUUCAACAUGGAAGCAUUAAUGUCUAAGGAUAUGUUUCAGUCUCGUGGCUCGUUGUACUCAUCGGUUGGCUACCCGUUCCCAUCUCCAUGUGGGAACGAUCCGCCUUUCCAGCCUAGCAAUGGGAGAAACCAGCGGAUACAGAUGGAGAAUUUUGGUGCCUCUCAAGUUUCGUCGUUUUGGGAAGACGAACUGCAUAGCGUUGUGCAGAUGGGAUUCGGACAAGGCCAGAUGCAAAACUUUCAAGGGAUUCUUCCCAAAGCUCAAAUGAAAGUUGAGCUAUGAUGGGUUCAUUUUCAUAUACCAUUCUUGAUUUCUAUUCAAUUUGAAGCCCCAAGUGAGAGUGGCUUCUGUAUAUAGUGGGAAAAAACUCUAACCUUUUCAAGCUAUAGAAAUGGUGACAGAAAAUGGAGCCUUCCCCUUCAUUGAUUCUUGCUCUGUAUUUUGAUAUGAUUAUCAAUUUUUUGGGGAAAAAAGUUUCCACAACCACUAAUUAGUAGAUGAAGGGACAAUCAUAAUGCCAUUUCCGCCCGUCCCAUAAAA